GUUGAACAGCUCGGUGCUCGAUUGCUCUCGCCUGAAGCGAACAUGGCAGAUACAGAAGCUCAGCUUUCUGUUCCCGAGUUCAGCAUCUCUCUGCAGAUGGACCCUUACCUCAAACCCUAUGCACAGGACUUUGAGAGGAGGUAUGGUUUGUUUCAGAAGCAGUUGAUGCUCCUGGAGGAGGCUGAAGGGGGUUUUGAUCAGUUCACACGCAGCUAUAAGACCUUCGGGGUGCAUCGCCUGCUGGACAAUAGCUUCGUCUUUAAAGAGUGGGCUCCAGCUGCUGAGGCUCUGUUCCUCACUGGAGACUUCAAUGGCUGGGAUAAAUUUUCUCACCCAUAUAAAAAGAUGGAGUUUGGGAAAUGGGAGCUGCACAUACCACCUAAGGAGGACCACUCACCAGCUGUUGCUCACGGUUCCAGAUUAAAGGUGGUGCUGCACACCAAAGAAGGAGAGCGACUGUACCGAAUUUCACCUUGGGCAACGUAUGUUACCAAAGCUGACUCGAUGGUUGUGUAUGACUGGGUGUACUGGGAUCCUCCUCAUCCUUAUGUGCAUAAACAUCCUCGGCCACGGAAGCCCCACAGUUUACGGAUAUAUGAGUCCCAUGUUGGCAUCGCAUCCCCAGAGGGCAAAGUGGCAUCUUACAGCAACUUCACACACAACAUACUGCCUCUGAUAAAAGACCUCGGCUAUAACUGUAUUCAGCUGAUGGCCAUCAUGGAACACGCCUAUUAUGCAAGCUUUGGCUACCAAGUCACAAGUUUCUUUGCAGCAUCCAGUCGAUACGGCACUCCAGAGGAGCUGAAGGAGCUCAUCGACGUAGCUCACUCUAUGGGCAUCAUGGUGCUUUUAGAUGUGGUCCACAGCCACGCCUCCAAGAACACCGAGGAUGGCCUGAACCGCUUUGAUGGCUCGGAUUCAUGUUUUUUCCACAGCGGAAAACGAGGAGAGCAUCCUCUCUGGGAUAGCCGACUCUUCAAUUACUCCAGCUGGGAAGUGCUGCGUUUCCUCUUAUCCAACCUGCGCUGGUGGAUGGAGGAGUACCGUUUUGAUGGAUUUCGGUUCGAUGGGAUCACCUCCAUGCUCUACCACCAUCAUGGUGUCGGUUCAGGAUUUUCAGGCUCAUAUUCAGAAUACUUUGGACUCCAUGUUGACGAGGACUCUCUAGUAUACCUCAUGCUAGCCAACCAUAUUCUACACACCCUAUAUGAGGACUGCAUAACUAUAGCUGAGGAUGUGUCUGGUAUGCCCAUGUUAUGUCGACCCGUGCAGGAGGGAGGCAGUGGCUUUGACUACAGGCUGGCCAUGGCUAUUCCUGACAAGUGGAUCCAGAUCUUAAAGGAAUUCAAGGAUGAAGACUGGAACAUGGGCAACAUCGUGUACACUCUAACCAACAGGCGCUACAGCGAGAAAUGCAUUGCGUAUGCCGAGAGCCACGACCAGGCUCUGGUAGGAGACAAGACCCUGGCCUUCUGGCUGAUGGAUAAAGACAUGUACACCAACAUGAGUUCCUUAAUUCCCAUGAACUCUGUCAUUGACCGGGGCAUUCAACUGCAUAAGAUGAUCCGGCUGCUGACACAUGCCCUGGGAGGGGAGGGCUACCUGAACUUCAUGGGUAAUGAAUUUGGCCAUCCGGAGUGGCUGGACUUUCCACGUGUUGGGAAUAAUGAGAGCUACCACUACGCACGUCGCCAGUUUAACCUCUUGGACAUAGAUUAUCUGCGCUAUCGCCAGCUGUACACCUUCGACCGGGACAUGAACCGCACAGAGGACAAAUAUGGCUGGCUCGCUGCACCACCGGCACAUGUCAGCACAAAGCAUGAGGGUGACAAAGUGAUAGUCUUUGAGAGAGCCAACCAUUUCAUCUUCAACUUCCACCCUACCAACAGCUACAGUGACUACCGAGUGGCAGUGGGACCACCAGGAAAAUAUAAGAUCAAGCUGGACUCUGAUGAGGUUCAUUAUGGAGGCCACGGCCGACUGGACCAUACUACAGAAUUCUUCACCGAGCCCGUUCCUUAUAAAGAGUGUCCAAAUUCGAUGCAGGUUUACAUUCCCUGCAGAACGGCUGUUGUUCUCGCCAACGAAGAAAUCGAUUACUGCUACUGAAACACACUGCUUCACUGAGAGAUUGAUACUCAGCAAAUGUGUCUCUCCACUGGUUUUCCCUCUAAGAUUUGUGUGAUACACCAUA